AUGCCGACUGCCGAGCCUCGUUCGCUUUGGCCGGAAGGAGUGGUGCCGCUCGUUGGCGCUGACGCAGAGGAAGAUCGAGUCGAGCUGGAGGCAUGGUGCCGUCGUUUUUUCGAAGAGUGUGAAGCCAGCGCAGCUGGCUCUGAUCAUGGAGCGUCGGAUGCAGAGUCGCUGUUGACCAACGCGCCGUCGACAACCAAGACUUCAAAGCCCACCCAGUGUCGAUGUCGGAAAUGGAAGGCAGCAGCUGCUGUAGCAAUGCUGCUCAUGGUCGCCCUUUUGGUGGCUUGGAUGUUUUGGAGACGAGAAGGCUCGUCGAAGCGGCUUGCGGAGGCAGGCGACCAGGGCGAUACGGCAUUGCAGAUGCAGAACUUGUUUGAUGCUCGCCAGUGGUUCUUUCCAGUCCGGCAACAUGACUCGACCACGGCGACUACAACUUCGUCGCGCCAGCUCCACCAAACGUCCUCUAAAUCAUUUGCGAAGAGCCUCUCAAGCGACACAGCAACCACAAGCACUACUUUGACAAGCAGCCCUACCACCACAACCACCACAACCACCACAACCACCACAACCAUCACAACCACCACAACCACCACAACCACAGUCAAUCCCUGCACUACACCGAAAACUCGUCUUUUUCCGUCAUUGCGGCCAGUGGACUCUUAUGUCAACCAUUAUGACCCGCAUAAUCACUUGAGGAUUGUUGCUGACCCGCUUAGAAGCAACAACUACUUCAUCAUCCUGGGCGACUGGGGAAAGGCUUUAGAUGCCGGGGGGCCUGGCGGCUGCCAGCUCAAGGUGGCAGCUUUGUUGAAGCGGUACGUCAGAAGACAAAGUGAGGCUGGAAAGAAGCUUCUCUUCAUUGCUUCAGUCGGUGACAAUUUCUAUUGGACUGGUGUCACGCCCAAGGCAUGUAGGGCGAAUCGGAUGCCGCCCUAUGGAGUUAACGACCACAUGUCACCCUUGUUUCAGGUGCCCUGGCUUGCGGUCUAUGGCAACCACGACUUUGGUAGCCAUGACCCCUUCGCUUUCUGCCCGCAUGUACAGCCAAACCAUGUCAUGGGCUUCCAGGCUUACUCAAGCAAUCAGCUGAACAAGGAUCGGAACCCGCUCCGUCCGGAAUGGACCAGGCAAUUCUGGCUUCCUGACUACAAUUAUCACUACGAGAUCCCAGAUGCCGACCUGGAGGUCAUUGCGAUCGACACCAACGGCGCUGUUGAUGGCAGUGGCCACCUGCUCAUGGAUGGCAUGAUCGGUGGGGAUGUGAAGGGCCGGAAAUGUGCAGACGAUCUUUGUGGAGGCCGCAGUGUUUCGCAGCAAUUCUUGCGCAAAGUCGCAGAGGCAGGCCUGAACCUCGUGAGAGAACGGGCCAUUAAAAACACUGCUGGCACGGUUCUGCUCAUCCAGCAUUACCCGGGCCUCUGUCCUCGCGCGAUCUUUGAACUCGCGCUGCCGCCGUCUCGAAGGGGAAAGGCAACUGCUGCCAGUGGUUCAUUCGAGCAUGUGUGCAAGCACGAGCUGAGCAUGAGGGUGCUUGUCAGCCACUUGGCCAUGCCAGCUGCUCAGACAAGUUGGCCACAAACUAUACAGAACCAAGACGUUGGUCUGGGCCAGAACAGCACGCCACGAAGAUCAUCGAAGAUCUAUGUAUCAUUUGUUGCCUGGAAUUUUGCAAAUGUUAUCGAAAGGCCGCUUAGUAACGACUUCCGCGCAAUGGCGAUGUCCCUUACCAUAGACCUGGAGACACUUCCAGUGCUGAUUGUUCCGGGUAAGCACCGAAUGCUUCUGAAGGACGUCAAGUCCUUCCAGGUUUGCUCAUCCAUUCCUGACAAGUCCGACCUGCAAUGCAGGGCAAAUCUGCGCUGCAAGGACUUGCAGAAUGUCAGGUAUCUUAAUGAUGCCCCCGACAAGAAGUCUUGGAAACCGCCUUUGAGCGCCUGCCGGCUUGGCUACAAUGAGAAGGGCGUUUUCUUGCAUGAGGACCAUGCCAAGCGCUACUUUGGUUUACUCGAAAGUGCCGCGCGGCAUCUAGUGCCCGCAGUCGAAACACAGGAAGCUAUACCCAGGUAUUAUCGAAGUGAGAACUGCCCUGAAAUGAUGGACUCCCUGGCAGUGAAAGUGCAAACGAUAUCUGACGAUAUGAGGCAGCAGGUGAUCCAAUCCACUUUCCGUGCUGCCGACACCAACGGCAACGGCACUCUGAGCAGGCACGAGAUCGGCUCGCUCAUGCGGCGGCUUGCCGGGGACUUGACUCGCUGUUUCAUCGCAGUUACGGUGACAGCGCAGGAGAUAGAUGACUUGAUGAAGGAGGCCGACGUGAACAGAGAUGACCAGAUAGACUACCAAGAAUUUGCUACGUGGCUGCUGAUAACCAGACGCGGCUUGAUCAGCGACAAGGUCAAAGUGGAAUUAGGCACUGCUGCGGACGUCGUUAGGGCAUCCUUUCGAGUCUGGGAUCACAACGGCAAUGGCUUGAUCUCCAAGGCAGAAGUGAGGAAGCUGCUUCUUCAUGCCUGCAAGCUGUCUCCAAAGGAUGUUGAGAUUCUGGCAGAUGUCAUGGACACUGAUGAUGAUGGUCACGGCCUGAUCGGUUCUGCGGUGAUGAUUCUGUCUUUCCUCACUGGUUGA